UAAUGAAAGUGUAUCUAGUGUUGUUCGUGCUGGGGGUUGCAUGUGCGGCGCCAGGCACGAAAGAGGAAAGACUCGAACUGUUUAAUGGCGUAGCUAUUGAAAAAGACGAAACGGGGGUGGAUAAAUUGAAAGUAAACUUUGCACCCGGAGAACUAAGAGAUGCUGCUAGAACAUUUGAAGAAGCCCGUGGUAAGCUCAAGAAGUACGCCCCACUUUUGGCGGGUAUUGGCGUGAAGGUCAUCGCUGUGGUUGGUAUUCUGUUUGGCGCAUUGACUCUCCUGGUCACCAAGGCACUGGUUGUGGCUAAGUUGGCUUUGAUGGCUGCCGCGGCAUUGGGACUCCAUAAAAUAUUUAGCGAAGGAGGCUUCAACGGAAUCAGUGGAAAGAUCGCAGGACUUCAAUCUGGCCCUCAGGCCUGGUCAUCACCAAGCGCCCCAGCAGGUAACUACCCCUACGCAAGAUCAGUGAACCCCGAAGAAGCGAACGACUUAGCAUAUAAGUCACAACUACCCUCAUAA